AUGCAAUUCAACAAGGAGGAAUUCCGGCGCCAGGUGGGCGCUGGGCUGGGCCGCCUGCACAGGUUCCUGGAGCGGCGCCAGGAUGACCCCGAGAGCCUGGAGCUGAGCUCGGGGGGAGCGACCCCGACCCCAGCGCACCCCCCGGUGCUGGACUGCACCUUCUGCGGGCUGCCCCGGCGCUACGGGAUCGCCAUCCUGUGCGGGAUCGGCUUCUGCAUCAGCUUCGGCAUCCGCUGCAACCUGGGCGUGGCCGUGGUCAGCAUGGUGAACCCCGCCCACGGACAGCAUGCCCAGUUCAACUGGGACCCCGAGACGGUGGGGAUGAUCCACGGCUCCUUCUUCUGGGGCUACAUCGUCACCCAGAUCCCUGGCGGCUUCAUCGCCCAGAAAUUCGCCGCCAACAGGGUGUUCGGGCUGGCCAUCGUGUCCACCUCCGUGCUGAACAUGCUGAUCCCGUCGGCCGCGCGCACCCACGUCGGCUGUGUCAUCGCCGUGCGCGUCAUGCAGGGGCUGGUCGAGGGUGUGACCUACCCCGCGUGCCACGGCAUCUGGAGCAAGUGGGCCCCGCCCCUGGAGCGGAGCCGCCUGGCCACCACUGCCUUCUGCGGCUCGUACGCGGGGGCGGUGGUGGCCAUGCCCCUGGCCGGGGUCCUGGUGCAGUACACGGGAUGGAGCUCCGUGUUCUACGUCUACGGGAGCUUCGGGGUGUGCUGGUACCUCUUUUGGGUGUUGGUGACAAUGUCCUCCGCAGGGUUUGGCAUGGAGGCCACGCUGCUGCUGGUCGUGGGCUACUCCCACUCCCGGGCCGUGGCCAUCUCCUUCCUGGUGCUGGCCGUGGGCUUCAGCGGCUUCGCCAUCUCCGGGUUCAACGUCAACCACCUGGACAUCGCCCCGCGCUACGCCAGCGUCCUGAUGGGGCUGUCCAACGGCGUGGGGACACUGUCCGGCAUGGUGUGUCCCCUCAUCGUGGGGGCACUCACCCGCCACAAGACGCGCGAGGAGUGGCAGUGGGUGUUCCUGAUCGCCGCGCUCGUGCACUACGCGGGGGUGGCGUUCUACGGCGUCUUCGCUUCCGGGGAGCCGCAGCCGUGGGCGGAGCCCCCGCGGGAGGAGGCGGAGCCUCUGGCGCCGGGCGGGGCCAGCGACGAGGAGGAGGAAGAGGAAGGGGAGGAAGAAGGAGGAGGAGGGGKCGGUGGGGGAGGACCCCCGGGAGGACCCCCCGCGAGUUACGGGGCCACCGGCACCACCCCGGCCCCCGGGACCCCCCAUGGGUGACGCUGGACACCCCCUGGGAUGUGCCCCAAAAACCGCUCCCCCUCCCGGACCAGGGAAGCCCCCAAGACCCCCGGGACCCGCCGGGGAUCCCCCMCCCGCCUGCUGUGCCCCACAAGAGCCCAAGAGCCGGUCUCCCCCUGCGAUGUACAUAUAUAAAUACAAACUGCGGC